UCUCUCUCGUCUCUGCAACUCUUCCCUAUCUUUUUUUGUGCGGAGUAGAGAGAGAGAGAGAGAGAGAGAGAGUGAGUGCGUGUGCGAUACGGAAAAGCCAUUAAUGGAAAAAGCAGAGGUGGUAGUGGUCAAAGAAGUAGAUGAAGAAAGUGAGAUAUGGGUAAAGCAUUACAAAUCCUCUCAUCAGAUACUUGUAGUUGGUGAUGGAGAUUUCUCUUUCUCUCUCUCUUUGGCUCACUCUUUUCGCUCUGCUUCUAACAUCCUCGCUUCUUCUCUCGACUCCUAUGAUACAUUGAUCAAGAAGUACAAGCAAGCGAAGUCAAAUUUGGAAAAAUUGGAGUUGUGGGGAGCAUCCAUUUUACAUGGAGUCGAUGCAACCAAAAUGAAGCUUCAUACCGAUCUCCGAAUGCGGAAGUUUGAUCGGAUUAUUUUUAACUUUCCUCAUGCAGGCUUCCAUGGAAAAGAAGACAUGGUCCAUCUCAUCAAGAUGCAUAGAUGUCUUGUGCAUGAAUUCUUCAGGAAUGCAAGUGGCAUGCUACGUGCUGAUGGCGAAAUCCAUGUAAACCACAAAACCACACCUCCAUUUAGCCACUGGAAUCUUGAGGAACUCGCAGCUCAAAAUUCUUUGGCUUUAAUUGACCUUGUUGAUUUUAAAAUAGAGGACUACCCCGGUUACAACAAUAAGAGGGGUGCUGGUUUGAGAUGUGAUGAGCCCUUCCCUUUAGGAGAGUGCAGUACCUUCAAAUUCAGAUUCUCACCGACUGCUAAGAAAAUACUGAAAGCUCGGAGGAACUUGGAUACGUCUCACCAAAAAUUUCAACUUCUUCAAGAUACUCCUAUUCAAACACUACAACCGCCAAUUCCUUUUGAAUUCAGACUGCAUCAAACAAAUUUCACAGCAUGUAUGAAUAACAUCACGGGGUACGUUGGAACACCUCGAUAUCUUCAAGAUACGCCAAUUCAAACACUGCAACAGCCAAUUUCUUUUGAAUCCAGACUUCCUCAAACAAAUUUCACGACAUAUAUGAAUGACAGCCCAGUUGAUGUCAGAAAUGAAUGCUUCAGGAUCUUCCAUGAGUACUUCAACCAUAUCUUGGAAACAUUUGGAAGAACUGAUUGCGAUGUGUAUAAUUCUGCUCAUGAAGCACUGAAGCUUGGUUUUCGUAGAUAUACAGAAGUGCGGGGAAGAGACUUGAACGGUUACAUAAACAUUUUGCAAGAGCUUCAACGUUUGAGUGUUGUGAGAUCAGCAUGGUUGCAGAACACUUUGUUGGGUCUUGAUCACCAGCUGUGAGUGAGAAUCGGACUGAAACUUGUUUCUGAAAAACAGCUGAAUUGCUUUUGUGCACUUUUGUUGCUAGAAUUGUGUUGAGAACACUAAUAUAUAGGUAAAAACCAUACUUGACUUUGGGGUAUUUAGUGUACACAGUGGUAUGUAGUUGAAGACCUCUAUAUGAGCAAAUUAUGUAUAGUGUUGCAAGAUGCAAGCGAAGUAAAUUACUUUUGUGGAUCA